AUGCAUCGGAAAAAGAUCAAAGCAGAUGAUCAUGCCAACCUGAUGGGUGAAGACCAAAAUGCCAAAGGGCCUUAUUAUGGUAGUCUGAGCCAGGAUCCUAUUGAAAUCUCGGAGCUGAGCAAACCAAGUCAAGCAACCCAUGUCACGCAGAGCACUGCAAACGUCUUCAGCGAUGGACGCACCAGGAUAGACUUCAUCCUGGUGUGGGAAGCAGACCCCCAGGAGCAGGAGGGACAGAAUGAAGAAACCAGUGCUGAGAGCGAGGUGCCCCGGUGGAGAAGAGCUGUUGAUGUCCGCAAGACUUGGCGGAAGAAGUUUCUGAACAAGCUCCAGGCUGCUGGGAUCUGUAUAGAAAAGCACGUGGUCCAGGAUGAGAAGAAGGUGGUGCACUAUGUGCUGCUGAAUGCCCCCUGGAGCGUGCUGUGUUAUUAUGCAGAGGAUCUCCGGCUGAGGCUCCCCCUGCAGGCCCUGCCAAAUCAGGCUUCAAACUGGUCUGACAGAGUGGCGAAGAGGCUGGGUGUCCCCAGCCUGCUGCAUGAGGAGGUUCCCAAUCUGCCCCUGGACUACUACACUUGUCACUUCAAGGUGAACAAGUUAGCAUGGUUCCUAGGGAGCAAUGAGCAAGACACCUUCUUCAGCAGCACACAACGGCACAGGAUACUGUACGAGAUCCUGGCCACGACGCCAUAUGGCCACCUGAAGCAGGGGGAGGUUGGGGUGGAUCGGCUGCUGAGCGAGAAUGUCUUUGCAGCUGCAUUCCCCCUGCAUGAGGGUCCCUUUGCAGUACCUGCUGACAGGCUGGCCCCUGAGAUCCUGACCGAGCGCCAGGUCCUCUUCCAGUACUGGGCGAGGUGGCGGAAAUGGAACAGAUACCAGCCACUGGAUCACAUCCGCAGGUACUUUGGAGAGAAGAUCGCGCUCUACUUUGCCUGGCUGGGUUUCUACACUGGGUGGCUCUUGCCUGCGGCAGUUGUGGGGACACUGGUUUUCAUUGCAGGCAUAUUUCUGAUGCUGAGCGACAUACCUGCGCAGGAGAUCUGUGAGAGCGAGGAUCAGUACCAGAUGUGCCCGCUGUGUAAGGAGUGCCCACAGUGGCAGCUCUCCAGCAUCUGCAGCAUGUUCAAGGCAGGUCGCCUCUUCGACCACGGUGGGACCAUCUUCUUCAGCAUUUUCAUGUCCCUGUGGGCGGUGACAUUCCUGGAGUACUGGAAGAGGAUGAAUGCCACCCUGGCGCACCGCUGGGACUGUUCCGACUUCGAGGACAUUGAGGAGCGGCCGCGACCCCAGUUCACUGCCAUGGCUCCCAUGACGAUGGAGAACCCAAUUACUGGAGCAGAGGAGCCAUAUUUUCCCAAGCAGAACCGCGUAAAACGGGUCAUGGCUGGAUUGAUGAUCAUCAUCAUGAUGAUUGCUGUGGUUGUGAUGUUUCUGAUCUCCAUUAUCCUGUACCGGGCGAUCGUCAGCAUCCUUGUGUCAAGAUCCGGGAACUUCCUCUUUGUGGCAUCGGCAUCUCGUAUUGCCAGCCUCACGGGCUCAGUGGUGAAUCUAAUCUUCAUCCUCAUCCUCUCUAAAAUUUACAUUGCACUGGCCCAUUUCCUUACCAAGUGGGAAAUGCACCGGACUCAGACGAAGUACGAAGAUGCUUUCACCUUCAAAGUGUUUGUCUUCCAGUUUGUCAAUUUCUACUCUUCUCCCAUCUACAUCGCAUUCUUCAAGGGAAGGUUUGUAGGCUACCCAGGGCACUACAAGACCUUGCUUGGGAUCCGCAACGAGGACUGCGGGGCUGGCGGCUGUCUCAUUGAACUCGCCCAAGAGCUGCUGGUCAUCAUGGUGGGAAAACAAGUAAUUAACAACGUGCAGGAAAUCGUCAUCCCGAAGCUGAAAGGCUGGUGGCAGAAGUACAAGCUUCGAUCCAAAAAGAGGAAAAGCAAGGAGGCCCAAUUGGGCCUGGCGCAGCAGGUGCCCUGGGAGAGCAACUACGAGCUCCUGGUCUGUGAGGGGCUGUUUGACGAGUACCUGGAAAUGGUCCUGCAAUUUGGAUUCAUCACUAUCUUUGUGGCAGCUUGUCCUCUGGCGCCCCUUUUCGCCUUGCUCAACAACUGGGUGGAGAUCCGCCUGGAUGCACAGAAGUUUGUCUGCGAGUACCGUCGUCCUGUGGCUGAGCGGGCCCAGGGCAUUGGCAUCUGGUUUUAUAUCCUGGAGGUCAUCACCCACUUGGCUGUCAUCAGUAACGCCUUCCUGAUUGCCUUCACUUCAGACUUCUUGCCCCGGCUGUAUUAUCAGUACACCCACGCCAGUGACCUGCAGGGCUAUGUUAACUUCACCCUGGCGUAUGCUCCAAAGCACUUUGCCUCACAGCACAACGUCACGUGCAGGUACCGUGCAUACAGGGAUGAGAGCGGCAGGUACUCGCUAACCUAUUGGAACCUACUAGCAAUCCGCCUGGGCUUUAUUAUAGUGUUUGAGCAUGUGGUUUUCUUUAUUGCUCGUCUGAUAGACCUGAUGGUGCCUGACAUUCCUGAGUCACUGCAGAUCAAGGUGAAGCGUGAACGUUAUCUGGCGAAGCAGGCACUGGCUGAGAACAAGGCCCUCUUUGAGAGAAAGGAAGUCAGAGCCACCUCCAGCACUAUGCAAACAGCACCCAAAGACUGGGAGCUAGGUGGGAUGCAUGAAAACCAGGAGCCUACCCAACUGCAGACGACGACGUCUACACCCACAUUAGCUGCUAGUCCGGAAGCUCAUCCUCAGCACCAGUUUGAGCCUGAAGCAGAAUCCCCAUGA